AUGGGGAUGCUCACGUCUCUUCUCUCUCCCUGCUCGCAGACAGGUUCGGCGGGCGACACGGUUGAUGGACCCAGCAGAAGCCAAAUGGAAGAAGGGCCAAUUAAUUAUGUGGAAGAAAGGCGGCUGAAGGAGGGCAGCGGGCUCAGCCUGGUGAAUGGAGGCCGGCCGGAGGCGGGGGGUACCGUGCUGAUGGAGCCCAGCAGGUGGUCACCCGGCCAGCCGCCCGCCGCUGGCAAAGCCCACCUGGAAGACGUCCGGAACCUGGUGGCCUUCUCCGCGGUGGCUGAAGCCGUUUCCUCCUACCGGCUCCCGCCGCCCGGGUCGCCGUCGCUGCUGUUCGACUCGGAGAUGAGCCGGGGCGGGCUGGGCACGGCGGACGGGGUGCCACGGGGAGAGGACCUGCACGCCCUCAAGGCCGCCCUGGCUUUGGCCAAGCACGGCGUGAAGCCCCCCAACUGCAACUGCGACGGCCCCGAGUGCCCCGACUACCUGGAAUGGCUGGAGCAGAAGAUCAAGACGGCUCUCGGAGAAGAGCUGGCGUCACCGCGGCCCCGCGCCGCCGCCGUCCCCCCGCCUCCUCCCCCAGAAGGUGCUAUUGACCCCCAGCCGGUGCCUGAGGCUGCCGAGCCGUGCCCGCCCGACGGCCUCCCCUUCUCGCAGAGCGCGCUGACCAUCGCCAAGGAGAAGAACAUCAGCCUGCAGACCGCCAUAGCCAUCGAAGCCCUGACGCAGCUCUCGGCCGCCCUGCCCCAGCCCGCGGGCGAUGGGCAGCCCCCGCCGCCCCCCGCCGUCCCCUUCGGCCCCGGCCCCCUCUGCCCGCCGGGGGCCGCGUGGCAGCGAGGGGACGAGCCCCGGUACCCGCCGGAGCCGGGAGCAGCGCCGGAGCCGUUUUUUGGCGCGGCGCCUCCGCGGGGGAACUUCGCCGCCUCUUGGGGGCUGGAGGCCGAGGGGGCAGCGGGGGCUGGAGACCCCAUGGCAGAGCUGGAGCAGCUGCUGGGGAACGCUGACGACUACAUCAAGGCGGCUUUCAAGAGACCCGAAGCGACGGCCGGCAAAGUGACAGCCCCCAAAACGGAACCCCCCGAUCAAGCACCCAGCAAAGAAGCGCCGGGCGGCCCCCGCGCGCCACCAGAGCCCGACCUGCACAAGAAGACGCAGCUGGUCCUGCAGCAGCAUCUCCACCACAAGCGCAGCCUCUUCCUCGAGCAAAGCCUGGCGGCGGCGGCGGCACCGCCGGAGCGGCCGGGCGGCUGGUGGGCCCCCGGCACCGCCGCCGCGCCCCCCAAGCCCUUCGAAAAGCAGCCCAAAGAGAAGAAGAAGAAAACGCCGCCCGAAAAGCCCCCGCCGGCCAAACCUCUCCGCAAGCAAGUGCAGAUCAAGAAGGCGAAGCAGAAGGACUCGCAGCCACUCUUCCCGCCCCUCUGGCAGAUCAGCCUGGAGGGGUUCCGGGCGCCCGCCGAACCCCCCGCCGAACCCCCCGCCGAAGAGAUGCAAACGGAGCCGCCGCCGGCCGUCCCGCACCAGCCUCUUGCACUACCCCUGCCCGCAGCAUGCCCCCCGCCACCAAACCCCCCGGACGGCGUCCCCCCGGCUCCCGACUCUCAGGAAAGGGGUGCCCCCGGGGGGGGCCCCCAAAUGCACGCGGCGCCGGCGGGCUCCACCGGCUCGGAGGAAGCGCCGGCUGCCCCGCCGCCGGCCGGCUCGGCUCCCAUCAUGGUGGAUGACAAGUUGGAAGAGCUCAUCCGACAAUUUGAAGCCGAAUUUGGGGAGAAUUUCAGCCUGCCGCCCCCCGAGACGCCUGCCCCGCCGCCGGGGGGGCCAGCACCAGCCCCGCAAGGGUCCCCCACCGCGGCCACCGCUGCCGGCCCGGCUCCCAGCGGCGCUCCCAAAAGCGUCUCUCCAGGGAAGGGGCCGCUGGCAGAGCCACCCUUCACUGCCCGCUCCCCCAAACAGAUCAAAAUCGAGUCUUCUGGUGCUAUCACCGUGGUGUCUACCACGUGUUUUUACUCUGAGGAAAGCCAAAACCCAGAGGCGGACGACGCCGACAGAACGCCCACCAAGGACGAGGUGCCGCUGACGCCGACCCUGAGCGGCUUCUUGGAAUCUCCGCUGAAAUACCUGGACACGCCGACCAAAAGCCUCCUGGACACCCCUGCCAAGAGGGCACAGGCCGAAUUCCCCACCUGUGACUGUGUUGAGCAAAUCGUGGAGAAGGAUGAGGGGCCCUACUACACCCACCUGGGCUCGGGGCCCACCGUGGCCUCCAUCCGGGAGCUCAUGGAGGAGCGGUACGGUGAGAAGGGCAAGGCCAUCCGCAUCGAGAAGGUCAUCUACACGGGCAAGGAGGGCAAGAGCUCCCGGGGCUGCCCCAUCGCCAAGUGGGUGAUCCGCAGGCACAACCAGGAGGAGAAGCUGCUGUGCCUGGUGCGGCACCGCGCCGGGCACCACUGCCAGAACGCCGUCAUCAUCAUCCUCAUCCUGGCCUGGGAGGGCAUCCCCCGCACGCUGGGGGACACGCUCUACCAGGAGCUCACCGACACCCUCACCAAGUACGGCAACCCCACCAGCCGCCGCUGCGGCCUCAACGACGACCGGACCUGCGCGUGCCAGGGCAAGGACCCCAACACCUGCGGUGCGUCCUUCUCCUUCGGCUGCUCCUGGAGCAUGUACUUCAACGGCUGCAAAUACGCCCGCAGCAAAACUCCCCGCAAGUUCAGGCUGGUGGGAGACAAUCCCAAAGAGGAAGAGCUGCUCCGGAGAAGCUUCCAGGACUUGGCCACCGAGGUUGCUCCGCUUUACAAGAGGCUGGCGCCGCAAGCCUACCAAAACCAGGUCACCAACGAGGAUGUAGCCAUCGACUGCCGGCUGGGCUUGAAGGAGGGGAGGCCGUUCUCGGGGGUGACGGCGUGCAUGGACUUCUGUGCUCACGCUCACAAGGACCAGCACAACCUCUACAACGGCUGCACCGUGGUCUGCACGCUGACGAAGGAAGACAAUCGUGUGGUGGGGAAAAUUCCCGAAGAUGAGCAGCUGCACGUCCUCCCCCUCUACAAGAUGUCCAGCACGGAUGAGUUCGGCAGCGAGGAGAACCAAAACGCCAAGGUGGGCAGCGGGGCCAUCCAGGUGCUCACGUCCUUCCCCCGCGAGGUCCGCAAGCUGCCCGAGCCCGCCAAGUCCUGCCGGCAGCGGCAGCUGGAGGCCAGGAGAGCUGCUGCCGAGAGGAAGAAGCUGCAGAAAGAGAAGCUGAUGACGCCGGAGAAGAUCAAGCAGGAAGCGCUCGAGCUCCCCACGCUCCAGCCAAAUGCAGGUAUGGCGUUGAAAGGCGGGAUGCCCCCGCAGCCGCUGAAACCCUCCAUCAAGGUGGAACCCCAGAGCCAUUACAACGCCUUCAAGUACAACGGCAACGCCGUGGUGGAGAGCUACUCGGUGCUGGGCAGCUGCCGGCCCUCCGACCCCUACAGCAUGAACAGUGUUUACUCUUACCAUUCCUACUAUGCACAGCCCAAUCUGCCUUCCGUGAACGGGUUUCACUCCAAGUUCGCGCUUCCCUCCUUCGGGUAUUACGGCUUUUCCAGCAACCACGUGUUCCCCUCGCAGUUUCUCAAUUACGGGGCGCCCGAGAGGAGCGGGAGCAGCUGGGUCAGCAACGGCUUCGAGAAGAAGCCCGACGUCUCGGCGCUGCAGGAGAACCUCAACCACACCUACGGGAACGGCAGUUUCCCCGAGCCCGUCCCGCACAGCGUGCGGAGCAAGAACCACCACCAGCGCACCUACGAGCGAGCCAACCGCUACGCCAGCCAGCAGAAAGCGGCGGCGGCAGCGGCCGGGGCGCACAGGACUAGCUCGGGCUCGGAGGAGGCGCCGGCGUUUGCACAGAACUGUUUCGGCAGCCGGCCCAUCAAGCAGGAGCCGCCGGACCCCCCGCCCGCCAUCGAGCCCCUUCCCGGCGCCGGCUUAACGCUGCCGGCCGUCCCCGCGCACGGCACGGCGCCGGAGCAGCGGUGGAGCCCCUUCAAGGCGCCCCGGGGCACGGCUUCCCCCGAGAGGACUAGCACGGCCGAGGGCUCGUGGAGCGCGCCGGGCUCGGGCGGGCGGGAGAAGCCGAGCGCCUUCGACGCCGCCGUGCGCUUGCCGCCGCCGGAGAAGCAGUGGCCCGACGUCCUGGCGGGAGAGCCGGCGGCGGCGGCGCACGGCUCGGGCUUGCUGCCGAAACCGUGGAGCCCCUGCAAGCUGGGGGAGACGGCGCUGGCCGGCGCGGGCGCCCCGAGCCUGCUGGGGUCACUGGGGUUCAGCUCGGCUCUGCCAGGGCUCCCCGGCUUCCCCGAGGAGCCGUGGGGCUCCGUGAAGGCGGAGGAGCGGAGGACGCCGGCGCCCAGCCCGGGGCUGCCGGAGAAGCCUUGGGAGGCAGCGGUGGGUGAGAAGGGGGCGGCAGGGCCCCGCCAGGAGAAGCCGUGGGACCCCUUUGGCCUGGAGGAGGAUCUGCCGGAGAAGGCGGUGAAGGAGGAAGAGGAAGAGGAGGAGGAAGAGGAGGAGGAAGAGGAAGAGGAGUGGUCGGACAGCGAGCACAACUUCUUGGACGAGAACAUCGGCGGCGUGGCCGUGGCGCCCGCCCACGGCUCCAUCCUCAUCGAGUGCGCCCGGCGCGAGCUCCACGCCACCACCCCGCUGAAGAAACCCAACCGCUGCCACCCCACCCGCAUCUCCCUCGUCUUCUACCAACACAAGAACUUGAACCAGCCCAACCACGGCCUGGCGCUGUGGGAGGCCAAGGUGAAGCAGCUGGCGGAGCGGGCUCGGGCCCGGCAGGAGGAGGCGGCGCGCCUGGGGCUGCCGCCGGACGCCAAAGCCUUUGCCAAGAAGCGCAAGUGGGGCGGCGCGUUGGCGACCGAGGCGCCCAGCAAGGAGAGGAGGGACUCGGUGCCCACGCGGCAGGCGGUGGCCAUCCCCACCAACUCGGCCAUCACUGUGUCCUCCUACGCCUACACCAAGGUGACGGGCCCCUACAGCCGCUGGAUCUGACACCGAGGCGACCGCCAUGGCCCCAUCUUACCUCAACCCUCGGCAGCGCCGCGGCCCGGCGUUGCUUCGUGGUGCUUUCUCCUCGGGCGUGGGGGAGAAGAAAACAGAAGUAAAUAGACGAGACCGAAGUGAAACACAGCAACCACAAAAAAAAAAAAAUCCAACCCAUAGGAAAUGAGCCCAGCACGUAGUUGGGAGCAGCGGAGCCGGCGCGGGCUCACGCCGUCGGAGAGCUGCGCCUGGCGAGGAGUUGGCAAACCAAGCAAAACUUGGUUAAAAAACCCAAGAGGAAUGAUGGUGUUUGAUGAUUUUAGGUAAUCUCAUAUUUAUAUCUCCAUGUUUUUUAAUCUAGCCUCGAAUGAAUUUCCUAGCGCCCUUCCGCAAGGAGAGGUUUUUAAUUCUGCUUAAAAUGGCCUGUUUGUUGGAUUUGAUUUUAUUUUGUUUUUUACUCUGAUGACAACGACGAAGCCGAUCUUCGAAAGAGAAGCCAACAUUGGAAAACCACCCUAGUCAUGAAUCCAAACCAACCUGAACACCAAACCAGCUCAAAGGCAAGAGGCGACUCCCUCCAGCUCCGCCGCAUGGGGGCUGGCGGGACCGUGUGCUUUACCGUCAGCCGGGCACGCUGAACAUCCAAUCCUUUUUAUUCCGAGGACCUAAAAAUACCAAUUUUGCGGCUCGAGGAGUCGUUUCUCGCGGCGACGGGAGCCCGCCAGCGAGCGGGCUGUCCCGGGACGGCGCGUCUCGGCUCCGGCGGGAUCGGCUCUGGGCCGCGGAGCAGCCGGCGCCUCUCCCGGCGCCGGAGACCUCAGGACACGUCCGGGCUGGGGAGCGCCGCUGCCGGGCGCCGCGCUCGGGCUCGGACUUGGGGCUCCUUUGCCCGCGGCCUCCGGGCGAGCGGCAGCGUCUCCGUAGGAGCCGACGGGACAAAAACAGAAGAAAAAAAAGAAAAAAAAAAAAAAACCACACACAAAGAAGAGGAAAACGAACACAAACCACAACCCCAAACUGUGAAUAGCGAGUGUUGCUCUCUGUACAUCACUGUUGCUAAAGUCUGGUGCUUUCCGUCUCCGGGGGACUUUCUCCGUGCAGUCGGCUCUGGGAAGGGCGAAUCCCAAGACUCGGCUGGCCAAAAGCCCGCCGGGUCCGCCUUCCCCGCCGGGGCUCGGUGCUCUUUUCUCUCCCCGGGUGCCAUCCCUCCUUCCUACGGAUCACCGUUCUUCCCUCAAAGAAACGAAACAAAAACCCCCAACCCAACCAACAACCCAGCAACGACGACAACCGCGUGGUGCUUUUCCAACGCUCUCGGUCGGUUGUCUCGCCCGGCGCCGGGACGGACGGAGCGCGGCCGAGCCGCCCCGCGGUUCACCGGGAGCGCGGCCGGAGCCGGGGCCCGGCGUCCCCGCGGGGUCGUUGCUUUUGCACUUUGAGGUGCCUUUUGGAGAGCCAGCGAGGCAGCGCCGACGCCGUCGCCGUGCCGGGAUCACCUCGUGUUUACCGUCACCCUCCUUCCCCUCCCCAUCGCGCACGGGCACGGAUCAGCAGGAUCUCGGUAAAGCAGCCUGAACAUUGACGUGGUCUGAUUUUAAACCUGUAAAUAGGGAAAGAAAAUUUUUUAAAAGCACUUUCACCUAGAUUUAAAAAAAAAAGGAAAAAAAAAAAGAAAAAAAAAGAAAGCGAAAGUUAAAAAAAGCAAACAACUCCCCUCUUUCCUCUCCCCCCACUCCCCCCCAACUUGAAGCAGUAUGUUUUAAACAAGAUUAUCGUGGGAGAACUGUAAAUAGUGGCAGAAUAUUUAACAUGCUUUGUCCGUCCUUCAUCAUUAAUGAAUUUUUUUGGGGUGUUUUUUUGUUUUGUUUUGUUUUUGUUUUUGGUUCAUUUUUUAACCGUAAUCUGUAAAGUCGCGUAUAUUUGACAAGGAAACUCAACGAGCUAUUCCCGCUUUUCUUAGAAAUACCCAAUAGCAUAUCAGGAUUGUAAGAGCCAGAUUUUAGGGACGCCGGUGGCGGGCGAUGCCGGGACCCGCCGUGUCGCCGCGGUUCGGAGCGCGGGGCGGGGACGAUCCGGGGCCGGGUUCGGGUGCCGGCCCCGCUGGCGUCGCCCGGGUCUCUGGCUGGCGCGACGGGGGUGCCUUGGAGGAGAAGGAGCGCUGGGAGAAGGCGAUGGUCCGUGGAACCUGUCUAAGUCCUGCUUCCUCAGAGGUGUUUCGGUGCAGGGAGCGGCCGGUUCGGCCCGGGAGAGCGGCGAGCUGCCGGCGCCGCGGGUCGGGGAGCGAGAACUGCUGCAGUCUCAACGUUUUUACACUACAUCAACUUCGUCUAACCUACCUCAACUCUCAGUCAUGACAAAUUCGCACGCUUCUGACUUCUACACAAACUCGAAAUCUAUGCACAGCUCUUUACCCCUUGCUGCUGAGAGGCUGUUUCCAAGCAAAAUCUUUUCCCUUUACCCGUCCCGGCGGCCGCGCUCGGCCCGCCCGUGCCGGAGCCGCGGGGGUGGCGGAGCUCGGCGGGGAGGGAUGUUUUUACCGAGCGGGAUGUGGGGACCUGCUUUUGGAGCGGGUCGUGGCCACAUCGGUGCUAGAACAACGCCCGUGGUGGGAACCCCAGGGAGGGCUCGGCACGGGGAGCCCCGACCGGCUCCUCCGUCCCGCUUUGGCUUUUCUGGCCGCGGUGCUUCGCCUCGGGCAGGAAAGGGGCGAGGAAAUUGGGGUCCCCCUCCGUCUCGAUGCUCUCGGCAUGAGGCAUGGGAAGGAGAAGGAAACCAGAAUCCCUGAGGUGCCUCAAUUGCUGAUUUUUCCUUUUAAUACUGGAGUACGCUUUGUGGGCUCUAUAAGGCAUAUUUUUAUUAAAUGAAAUCUUGUAAUACAAACGGUGCUAUGGUGUUUUAACAAACUGUAUCACGCUUCUGCCUGAUUCCAUCUCGCUGAGGUGCUACUAAUGUAUAUAUCAA